AUUGGAACGAUCUCUGUGCUGUGCAGUUGGAAGACGUCGCUCGCUGGCUUCCACCGAACGAAAAAGGCUCGCAAAUUAGACGCGAAAAAAACAUCAUUAAGUGGAGGAAUGAGGGAGAUGCAGUGAAGACUGAGAAGUCUGAAGACAGGCGGACAAAGGGUAAAAGGGUAAAGGUCACCAGGAAGAGAGAGCAGGAUGCAGUCCCGCCCACAGGACAGGCCGUUGGCCCACUCCGUGGGGAAAUCCCACAGCCCGGCCAAUGGGAGAGAUGAACGGGUGCACUCAGACGCAGACUCCAUGGAGGAAGAGGCCGACUUUAAUUGGGAGGAGUACCUAGAGGAGACGGGGGCGACCACGGCACCCCACACCGCUUUCAAACAUGUGGACAUCAGCCUACAGAGCAGCUUCCAGCCGGGGAUGAAGCUGGAGGUGGCCAAUAAGAGCAGCCCAGACACCUACUGGGUGGCCACCAUCGUCACCACCUGUGGCCAGCUGCUGCUGCUGCGCUUCAGUGGCUACGGAGAUGACCGCAAGGCCGACUUCUGGUGUGAUGUCAUGACUGCCGAACUCCACCCAGUAGGCUGGUGCUCCCAGAACAACAAGACCCUCCAACCCCCUGAAGAUAACGUUUACCUAAGAAAAGCCAUCAAGGAGAAGUACAGUGACUGGACAGAUUUUCUCAUCCAGGACUUGACUGGCUCACGGACCGCACCAGCAAACCUACUGGAAGGGCCUCUGAGGGGGAAGAACACAGUGGAUCUGAUUGUGGAGGGUUCGGUGAUUGAGGUACGGGACCUCACUGACCCCUCACUCUACUGGGCUGCCCGCGUUGCCCAGAACGUUGGUGGGAGGCUCCGCCUGCGCCAUGUGGGUCUUCAAGACGAUGCCCACGACACCUGGCUGUUCUACCUCGACGUGAGGCUCCGCCCACUAGGCUGGGCUCAGGAGAACCGUCUGUCACUGGAGCCCCCAGCAGAGUUGCGUGGCCUGAAGAGCGCCCUCGAGUGGCAAGAGGCCCUGGAGGCGGCGCGGAGCGAGGCCCAGAAGAACCCACUGCCCCUGGAGGUGUUUAAGGACCAUGCAGACUUGACCAAACACUCCUUCAGGACGGGGAUGAAGCUGGAGAUGGUGUCGCCGUCGGAACCGUUCCACAUCUGCCCUGUAUCUGUCACACAGGUCUACAAUGAGCACUACUUCCAGGUCACAGUGGAUGACCUCACUUCAGAGGCCACACCCCUGUCCCUGGUGUGCCAUUCUGAGUCGCCGGGCAUCCUCCCCGUCCAGUGGUGUCUGAAGAACGGGAUUGGUCUAGAGCGGCCUAGGGGCUACCUGAGCCAGGACUUUGAUUGGGCGGACUACCUGAAACAGAGCGGGACUGAGACCGCCCCAGACGCAUGCUUCCCCGACGCGUGGCAGAGCCGAGGCUUCGCUAAAGACAUGUGGCUGGAGGCCGUUAACCCUGUCAGGCCCACCGAGGUGUGUGUGGCUCAGAUCACACAGGUCAGGGGUCGCCUGCUGUGGCUCAGACUGGAAGGCCUGCCUAAGUCCGUCCCUGAAUGUAUUGUGGAUGUGGAGUCCAUGGACAUCUUUCCUGUAGGAUGGUGUGAGACCAAUGCUUACCUCUUGACUCCACCACUGAAGCCUGUCUGCCAGCAGCAGAAGAAGAUAGCCGUCGUCCAGCCAGAGAAGCAGUUGGCUCCGCCACAACCAGUGGAGACAAUCCCUCUCAACCUCUGUGAGCCCAUUGCCAUGGAUACAGGCUCAGCCAAUGGGAGAUACUGUUGCUCCAGGAUCUACGUGAACCACCGCUGUUUCUCUGGCCCUUACCUGAACAAGGGGCGCAUCGCUGAGCUGCCACAGGCUGUAGGGCCGGGGAAAUGCACUCUGGUCCUCAAAGAGGUGCUGAGCAUGUUGAUCAAUGCGGCCUACAAGCCUGGGCGUGUCCUGAGAGAACUACAGGAUGUGGAAGACCAGCACUGGGACUGCCACGAGGAGACCCUCAAAGCCAAAUACAAAGGGAAGACGUAUCGAUCGUCCAUCCGGAUCGUGCGUCUGGCAGAGCAGAUCCCAGACUUCUGUCGUAGAGUGUGUGGGAAGCUGCAGUGCUGUCCCAACCUCUUCAGCCCCGUCCAAGUCACAGACCAGUGUCCUGAGAGCUGCUCCAUGCAGACCAAGACCAAAUAUAGUUGGUGUGUGCGUGCGCGAACAAAUACAGUAAUUUUCUACAAGUCGUAUUACUACGGUAAGAAGAAGAAGCUGUCUAAGCCAUUUGGAGGAGAGGAGAGUCUGGAGGCCAAACCCACACGACGCAGGAAGAAGAGGAAGGCCAUCUUUGUCCAGAAGAAACGGCGUUCGUCUGCAGUAGACUACACUCCUGCAGGGUCACCACAGGACAGUGAUGAAGACGAGGAUGAAGAUUAUCUUAUGUUGCAGUCGGGCAGUGAAGAAGGCACCAGCUCUGAGCCGCGCGAGGACCACACAGACACGUCCUCUGUGGAGGUGGCCAACAGCCGGCCGCGGCGCGCCGUGACGCUACGCAGGGCCACCCAUACCGGCGUAGCUUCGAGCAGCCGUGAGGGUCCUGAAAGCAGGAGGCGGAGCACUCGGUCCCUGUCAUAUAACCAGGAGAGCAAGUACCACCCACCCAAGAGACAGGAGAUGCAGGUGGAGUGUACUGAGGCCGAGUGCCAGCUGGUGUUGGAGAGGAACCCUCUGGAGUGGUCCGUAGAAGACGUGGUCACCUUCAUCACCUCCACCGACUGUGCUGCUCUCGCCAACAUCUUCCAGGAGCAGGACAUAGAUGGCCAGGCGUUGUUGUUGCUGACCCUGCCUACAGUCCAGGAGUGUAUGGAGCUGAAGUUGGGUCCAGCCAUCAAGCUGUGUCACCAGAUAGAGAGGGUCAAGGUGGCCUUCUAUGCCCAGUACGCCAAUUGAUCCUGGGUAUCUCACCUGGCACCUUUACCCCGUAGGGCACAGGCUGCCUGGAGAUGACCCUGUACACCUUCAUCUGAGGAAGAGGAGGAGAGAUGAUUUCGAUUA